AUGAACAAACAUUUCAUGUUUGAUAUGCAACAAAUACCUGCGACAAAAAAGGUAUUAUCUCAUUCAAGUUUUCCGGUUUCUGUAUUUUAUGACUUUCGUUAUAGUAUUGAACCCGCUGUUAACAUUGAACCUGAAGCUUCAAAACCACCGAAUAGAUUUUCAUUGAGUCAAUGGGAGACUUUACUGGGUAAGAAUCAGCUGGAUACAUACAAGCACCUGUUUCCCGAGCAGGAUGAUGAAAAGGAAGACGAUCUGGAUAUGGAGGGAGAUCUAGAGACGAGAAAUGACAAAAUUAUGGAUACCGAGUCUGUAAAAUUGCCUGAACGUCAUUUUGGACAAAACACUCUCAAAGUUUUCUUUGACUAUUGUACACUUGGACAAUGCCAAUUUGUAUUCAGGUCGAAUAUUAUUGCAUCAGAGGUGCUUCGUGGCAAAAAAGAACACUUGCCUGAUUUCCUUUUGUUACUUUUACAAAACGGCGACCUCCUGGUUAUCAAUAUAACAGCAACAUACGACAAAAACUUUGAGACAUACUUGUUCAAGUAUUUUGCUACAAUAUGCGCAAGAAGUUCAAUAGCACGCGGAAAUUGGAUGCUAUCUGAUCAUCAUACCUAUAGUUUUAGUUACAGUGCAAACAGUGAUCUGAUUUUCUUAACCUGUUCAAAUUGUUUACAGUUUAUAUUUAAGGUACAUAUAAAUGAAGAAGAUUUUAUGUCGGUUCGAUUGACACGGUUGAAUAAUUUGAAAACUGGAAUAAUUGUAAAUCAAUGCAUGCUAACACUGAACGAAAACACAGAUGCGUUUCUGUUUGCCGAAUUGAAGAAUAAUAUACUUUAUUUAAAAUGUAUGACUGAUUUUACCCAAUUUACGGAGUCGAAGAUUACAAUGAAAAAAGCUUUUGAAAUACCUUUACACAUGGUACCUUUGCCAGAUACCAAUUGCGUCUUAUUUUUGCAGGAAACGGGAUAUACCAUUAAGUCUUUCUCCUUCUGCAUUGGAGGUGACGAUUACGCUUCAAUCACAGAGAAGUAUCCAUUACAAAAUAAAAACUUUAUGAUAGAUACGUUUUAUAUUCCCAAGAGAAAGAUACUUACGGAAGACUCUGAAAAUUAUUUGGAGACUGGGCUUCAGUUUAGCCAGGUUUUGGUGUCAACUUCACACAAUGCUUCAAUUUAUUUGAUCAACAUUUAUUAUGACAGAACGCGGCACAAAUAUAUAUCCAAUAUGACCAGACUGUUCAAGGCUAAUACAAUUGCUAGCUUUUUUAGGUUAGAAAUGCAGCAUAGUGAGGGGAGUCCAACAGGGAUAUACGAGUUUGAGUUUUCUAAUGAGAUGGGGUUAUCUGAAUCAAAACUAGGGAAAAUAACAUAUGAAAAAGGUAAGCCUCUAUUUGAAACAAUACAAACACUAUAUUCUUUACCUAACAAUUAUCCAAUGUAUGAUUUUGAGGUUGUACCAGCAAGGAAUCGCUUUUCCAUUGAGGAUAAGCCCAAUCAGUUUUGGGCUUUAACUGGAAGUGGAUCGGCUCAUUCUCUAACUCGAUUAGUCCAAGGUUAUGACACAAAAAUACAUGAGCUGCUCGAAAUUUAUGGUGUAACUAAAAUAUACAAUGCGGGAAAUGAAUACUUCUGGCUUAGCGGUCCAAUGAGGUCGUAUCUUGUAAGGUACGUUCGUGGAGACGACAAGGUUGACCUGAUUUUAUCCAUUGAUGAACAAAUACAAAAUACCUUUAUUUUGGAUAGUUAUAGCUAUGCUAUAUCCACCGGCCAUUUCUAUGUUCUAGAAAACGGAACAAUCGUUUCUCAACAUAGACUCCCUGGAGAAUGCCAAUUGGGUAUUCUGAGUGAAGAUACAGUAAUAUUAUCAGUUAGAAGUCUCGAUGACAAAUUUUCAUUAUGUGCUUGCUUUAUUGCUGUUACCAAAAGUGGAGAUGAGGUUUUGGUUAAAUUCACAGAUAUCAACACUCCCUGGCGAACUUCAAGCAUGUCGUUGGUAACCUGUUUGUCAUUCUUUAAAGAUUCCUAUGUUGUCAUAGGUGAAAAUGACGGGACGAUACAGGUGUACGAUAUAAGAAACAAUAACAUACAACCUUUGGGAGAUAGAAUUGAAUUAUCAAAGAUCAUAAAGAAUUGCCAUGGAAAUUUUAUUUUAUAUCAAUUAGUCGAAAGAGACAACCUGGUUUAUUUUUCUUCCACAUCGGGCGAAUAUGCAGUUGGGGAGUUAGUUAUUGUAAAUGCCGAAGUAACACUUGAAAUAAAGCAAUACAAUAAGCUAAGCGAUACGACUCCUAUCGACAUUUGUAUUAGCUCCCCAUUUGAAAAUUAUACGUUACUCAUAGGAAAGUAUUUAUGGAAAUACGAUCAACACAUAAAUGGAACACCUGAGCGUGUUUACAUUGGAGAAGACGAGUCGGAGCCAGUGACUUAUGCGUUACCAUAUUAUGACUACUGUUUAAUUUUACAGGACAAUAGGUUGUUAACAUCAAUAAUCGCUCACGAACCAACCACCAUAAUCAAAAGUAAAAAAUUUGGGAUUCCAUGUAUGAAGAUGCUUAAUUACCCUGUUUUGAAUUUACUUGUUUUGAUCAAAGUGCCUGGGAUCCACGAUAACAUCCAGCCACUGAUAUUUAUAGAUCAGAAGAAGGCAAAAGCUUUGAAAUCCAGCUUUGAAUUUGAAUGGAAAGAUCAGGAGUUUCCAACCUGUUUAGCCGAGCUAAGGACAUACACAGAACAAAACAAGUUUCAUGUUAGUUUACUUGUAGGUUCUUGUGUCGGCAAGAAUUCUUGUGGCCAUUUGAGACUACUACGAGUAUCAAGACAUGAAUCGUCUAAAGUGAAUGUUAAGGUAUUAUCUUCCAGUAAGGAACAGACCCCCAUAUCUGAUAUUAGUACAUUAGUCCAUCCCUAUGAGUCGAAAACCUAUGUGGUUUGUUCUUCCAAAAAUGUACUAUUUUAUUAUGAAUUGGAUGAUUACAAGUUUACCAAUAAAAGUGUGUUAUACACAGCUACCGAAAACAUCAAGAAGUUUGAGCUGACCAUCCUAGGAGAAUCCAAAGGAGAUUACGGACUAUCAAUAAUAGUGAUCUUGCAAAAUAAUACCAGCGUAUCUCUAAGAUGUAGUAGUUUUGAAGAAAUGCAAAUUGAGAAACAUCGAAACCAAUUCACAUCAAACGCUUUGACAUUAGGCAGAAAUAUUGACGUGUAUGCUGAUUACAACAAAGAGAUUGUCACUCUAGAGUCGCAGUUCACCAAUCCUACUUUCAUAGAUAUAGGGUAUGUACCUAGAUUAGCAUUUACAGAAGACUAUAGUCCGUGGAUUUCACUUCGGGAGAAACAAAAGGAAGAUAGAAAGUCCUUUGUAACUGUUGGGUUGAAUGGCCAAGCAGACCUGAUUACCACAGGCACUUUGACCUCCAAGUUUGUGGGUUCCAAUGUUAUACCCUGUGAGAAAAUAACCUCAUGGGAUUAUAAUCGAGAAUAA